UUGUCGUCCGUAUCGGUUCAGUUCGAAGCAGCUGGUCCCCUCCGAGAGUGAGUGGAUUGGCACUUUUGAUAGUGGUGUCUGUCUGGCUCAGUGUUUUGUGUAGACGAAGGGCAAAACCCCAAUCGACCCAUCAUUAUUAUCAUCAUCAUCCGGUGGGCAGUUUGUUGCAUUGUGUUUUGAAAAGGCGGCCGCACGAUCCGUGUCCGGUCCGGCUGCUGCGGUGGUCAGUCAGUGCAGUUUGUUCCCUUGCAGUGAUAAGUGCGAUAGGAAGUGGUUUAUGGUUUCGAGGAAAGGUCUUAUUUAUGUGCGAAGUUGAGUGAUGCUUUUCGAAAAGAUAUAACUGUGAAGAUUUGCGUGUGCGGGAUUUAUUGAAUCAACACAUUUGAGUUCGUUGUUAAUCCCCACAAAGUUAUAAAACAACCGACAAGUUGACAGUUUGUUAGAGUGUGUAUUCCGGCUGCUGCGUAUCAACGUAUCGCAACGACAAUCCGGGGGAAACGCAACGAGCCGGCGAUCAUUGAGACGAUUUCCACCGUUGACUGGAUAUAAAUAAAACCUAAAGGUACGUCGUGCACUGACGAGGAACACUGCUUUCGCUCGACUCGCGUUGACUGGUGAACGACGCGCGCGUUGAAGCAUAAAGAUGGCGUUGGACGCAAAAGCAAUCAAAGAGGAAAUACCCGACAAAGAUACAUAUGAGACUAGCACAAGGAAAGUUAAAGGUAAGGAGCAGUGUCGAACGCCAGAUUCACCGGAAGGAGCCCGAGUGGUGGCGCCACGUUCACCCAUUUCGCCUCAGGUGCCACAACAUCACAGCAGUCUGGUGGUCCAGCCGAGAUCCGGUGGCGCUGGUAAUGGACCAUCACAGAUUGCGAGUCGUAACGGGAGCUCCUCUCCGCCGGGUGAGCUCCCAACGACGCGUCUCCUCAACGGCAGUGGUGGUGGCGGCACCGGUGGCGGAGGAGGAGGCGGAGGCGGCAGCAGUUUGGGUUCGAUCACACCUCCGCCAGCUUCGGCCGCGGCUGCAGCAGCCGCUGCUGCAGUUGCUCAGCAGGACACGGCCAAGCUGCUCAAGAUACGGCGAUUCCUCGGCGCGCUGGUACAGUUCGGACAGGACACCAACGUUGAUAUCGGUGAUCGGGUGCGUUCACUGGUGCUGUCACUGGCGAGUGGCGGACUAACGGUGGACGAGUUCCAGAUCGCCGUCCAGGAGGCGACCAAUUUUCCCCUGCGUUCCAACGUUGUUCCUUUUCUCAAAUCACAUGUUCCGGUACUGCAGCGCGAGAUUAAUCUCCUAUCUAGAGCAAACAAACAGACACCCUCGCAGUACGCCCGAACCAACGAAAGCAGCGUGAUGGAAUACGUCCAAAACUUGGCCGACACAGCAGACAUCUUCCUUUCACACGAGAGUUUCGGCUCCUCAACGCCAAUUCCAACGCCCGGUGUCAACGGACUGGGACUCAAACGACGAGCCUCUGAUAACUUAUACGACUCCCACCCGUCAGGACCACCGGAGUGGGGAGACUAUGUACUGCCGCCAUCCAAACGUCCACACCCGUCGCUCCUGCUGGCGACAGGAACGCCACAACUGUAUCCCACCCAUCCGGCACUGUUCGAGUAUCAGAACGGAGGACUUCAUCCACAUUCCGACGGAUUACAUUCCAUUCACCGGGACGAACGAGAGCUUCGCGCACCCUCCACAGACGCACACCGACCCCCGAGAAUUCCCCCCGGUGGUGGGAGCGGUGGUGGCGGCGGUGGUGCCGGGGCAGGAGUUGCGGCAGCCGUUGCUGGCGGAGCCUUAGGUCCCGGCACCAGUGGUGGCAGCGGUGCUGGUACCAGUGGGGAAGAAGAGUGGAAAAAUAUCCACACCAUGCUGACCUGCAUUUCGGCGAUGGUCGAGAAAACGAAACGAGCGAUUUCGAUCCUCCAGCAGCGGGGUAUCGAAACGCACGCCCGGGAUCACCAGGACACCUCGAUAGCGGACAUCAAGCGACAGACUGAGGAGAAGAUCGCCGAGUUUCGGCGCAGCGCGGAGGAAUCGGUGAAUCAGGUCAAACGGCAGGCAGUGAUCGAGAUACAACGAGCGGUGGCGGCCGCUGAGGCCAGAACGAUCGAAAUGUUUGCUCAAGAGCGGUUAAAGAUGGAAAAAAUGUUCACCGAUAUUAACCGUGGAAGUGCAGAUCCCGAUUCGGAAGGGCCAAUUGCUGGUAGUCAGAACGUUAGUAUUCUAGCCUGCUGGAACUGUGGCCGAAAGGCGAAUGAAACCUGUUCAGGUUGCAACCUGGCCAGGUAUUGUGGAUCAUUUUGCCAACACAAAGACUGGGAUCAACACCAUCAGGUUUGCGGUACUUCGCGAGCCGAGAAUACUUUUCAGAAACACGCGGCCUCUGCUAGGGCCGCUCUGUCGUCACGUUCCAGCACCCCGCAGCAGUCCCAGACUAACAGCAACAGUACAGCGAAUGGCACGACAGGUGCCACAAAAUGACGGACUAAACCAUUGAAACCUAAGAAAAAAUAUCUAUGCUAGUCAAAUUAAAACAAGUUUCGUACGAUUAUUACUGCUGAAAGCCAUUUCAUACACCGUGGAAGUAAAACCAAAAAGCCGCAAGCCAAGCUGACACAAAUAUUAAUAUUUUUUUAGUUUUUACCAAGUAGGAUUAGUCGACGGUUAGCGCAGUACUAGUUCAUUUAAUAUCUAAGUUCAGAUUAGCGAACAACAAUUACAGCAUUUAUGUUGACAGCGUUUCAAAUAAGUGCAAUAACAGUUUGAAAAAAAGAAACCAUCGUCAGCAGAUCGAAUGCUAGCAAAUGUCAUUGAAAUACGUAGAUGUGAAACUGAAAUACGAACACUGAAAAAUUAAUUGUAGAAUGUUAGCCACUUUACUCCAAAAGCACACCGCUAGAAAUCAUCGUUUUCUCCUGUAGAGUGUUACGCGGGGUGCAGACCACGAGAGCGUCGUGAACUAAAACACGUGCCAUAGACGCCUCUGCGCAGAAUCCAACAUUCUCCCCGUGUUUGUUUUUGUUCCCCGGCACGUGUUUCUCGGUUUUUAUGUAAAUCCACCACGUUAAUAAACCAACAAUAGCACCACAUACUAUAGCCAAGUUCGCAGUCAAAAGUAGUUGAGAAAGCGGUGAGCAAACACUCGCAUCGAUUUACUUUCACCAAUCCAGUAGCUGUGUAGAUUACUUUAAGAUGAUUAACCAACCAAAAAGGAACGAUCUUACACGCAUCCGAGGCUUCGACCACAAACAAUGUCUCCAAAGAUUAACUUACGACCACACACGCUCACACCCACAUUAUGACAAACGCAUAUAAUUUAAGUCUUCGGUGAUUAUAAGAUACUAGAAUCCGUCUAAUGAUUACCAUUUUUUUUAAUUAGACCUCCCUUUACAAAUACUACCUAUGGUUAUUAUUAAUAGUUGUUGACUAAUUUAUUAUCCGCAGACGAUAUCUUAGAUUUGUAAAACAAUUCGCUAGGUGUAUAAAUCAGCCAGAAUCCUUCGAGAUCCGUGAGUUCUACUCUUCACCCAUUACGAUUCAACGCAGACAGUGAUUCAAUCACAAAUCUAUCCGCUCCAAUUCAUAUUGACGGUUGAAAGAGAAAAAUAAAGUCUUAAGCUAUUAGCGGGGAUCCACUGAAUAAUAACUUCUUCCUCACGGAUGGGAAAUUAGCGAUUCCGAGUAAUGAUAAUGCUCUCAAUUCAGCCCGUAGAGGUUAUGUAAAUAUUCUUCGAGAUAUAGCAGCACUCUCACUCGUACACAGCCACGGAGAAAUAGGUACACUCUCACACACCCACAUACACACCCGUACACAUCCCCACACACGAUUUAAAACUAACCAGAAAACCAGAAUUCAAAAAUCCUAAAAAUACGCAAAAUGGAAAUAAAAUUUCAUC